AUGGUCAGCUGGUCUCAUGCACUACUUGAGAAUAUUGUAGAGGAGAUUGGGUAUGAGAUGUGUGGCAGAAUCAAGGUUUACUACUACAUUCCUUUUCUAACCCUUGCAAGGAAUGGACUGAGACAGCUGAGAGAUGCAGAUGAUAGUGAUAGGAUGUUGGCCUUUGUUGACAUGGGACAUCACUUCAUAUCUCUGUAUUUGGAUCAUGAGCUGGAUGAUGUUGUUUACUAUCCAGUUACUACUCUUCCAAGUGUCAUUAGCCCUGGAAAACCAUCAGCACACACUGAAGCAGAGAGCAAUGUUGAUGCUGCAGCUGAGGAAGAUGAGCAAGCAGGUGAAGAGGAAGAUCUGCCACAUAGAAAGAGGGCUAGAAGGCAGACUACACCAGAAGAUGAAGCAUAUGAUGUGCAAGAGAUAGAGGAUGAAGAUGACCAUGACUCUGACUAUGAUCCAGAGGACAUUGUGGACUCAGACUAUGACAUGAAUGAAGGUGAUGACGAUCUGUUUGAGGACAAUGUUGAUGAUGCACAGAAGGCUGAAAGGGAUGUGGACUUGGCAGAUCCACAUUUCCAUGUUGGCCAGACAUUUGAAUCAGUUGAACUACUGAGAAAAGCAAUUCAAGCAUACAGUUGCAAACACAGGAAAGACAUCAGGUUGCCAGUAAAUGAUCUGAAGAGGCUAAAUGGGAGGUGUACUGAAGAGUGUAGCUGGUACUUGUGGGCAUCCUUCUCCAGCAUUACCAAAUGUUUCAUGAAAAAGAAGUACAAUGGUGAGCACACUAGUGGCAGCAAUUUCAAGGUUCAUUCCUUUACAUCCAAUUUCCUAGCACAAAAGUACUUGGAGAGCUUCAGGGCAGACCAGGAUAUGAAUAUGAAGAAUUUCUCAAGGAUAGUGCAGAAAGAUUGGUGUAUGACUCCAGGGAGAUGCAAGUUGCAAAGAGCUAGGAGACUAGCAAUGAAGAUAAUCUAUGGUGAUGAAGAAGGGCAGUACAAGCUACUGUGGGACUAUGGAAAUGAAAUUAGAAGAAGCAAUCCUGGAAGUUCUUUCUAUGUUUCACUUGAUGAACACUCCAGAUUUAAGAGAUGCUACAUGUGUUUGGAAGCUAGCAAGAAGGGGUUUCUCCAGGGAUGCAGGCUUGUGAUCUUUCUUGAUGGUUGUUUCAUCAAGACUAGGUAUAGAGGUCAGCUAUUAGCAGUAGUAGGAGUGGAUCCAAAUGAUUGUAUAUUCCCAAUUGAUGUUGCUGCAGUUGAAGUGGAGGAUACUGCUAACUGGACUUGGUUUCUUGAUACUCUAAAGGCUGAUCUAGGCAUUGAGAACACUGCACCUUGGACAGUGAUGUCAGACAAGCAGAAGGGCCUCAUAAAUGCAGUGAAACAUGUGUUCCAUGAUUCAGAGCAUAGGUUCUAUGUCAGGCACAUGUGGCAGAAUUUCCAACAAUUAUUCAGAGGAGAUGUUCUAAAGAACCAUCUAUGGAGGAUUGCUAGAAGCACAACUGUGUCUAGAUUUGAGGCCAACUUGGAAGCAAUGAAGGUUUUACAUGUUGGUGCUUGGGCUUGGUUGAAUGAAUUGGAUCCUAAGACCUGGGAUAGGGCUUUCCAGAGUGACUUACCUAAGUGCGACAUCCUACUAAACAAAAAUUGUGAAGUUUUUAACAAGUAA